AUGCCCAACAACACUCCUCGAACAAUAUUUUUCUUCACACUUUUACUCCUGUCACUACUCACACUUGUCAGCGCAUCUGACUUUAAUGUGCAAUACACAACCACCUCUCCCUUCGCAAGCUAUUCCUUCGCAGGAGCAACAACCACCUCUUCCUGUUCCCUCUAUGUUUAUAUCAACAGAACUUCAACAGAUCCUCUCACUCUUACCAUUAGCAAUUAUGCAACUUCUGCCUAUUCAGGUCGUUUAAAUACUUUACCAUAUAGUUUGGUGGGUGUUUCUGGUUUAUCUUAUAGUGUCAAUUCUGCAAAUAAUAGUGCUACUGCUGCUGUUGAUUUUACAUUUACUUAUAUUUGUACGAAUGGCAUGUUAAAUGUCAGACCUCAAAGUAUGGCAAUUUUCACACUGAAUCCAAGUGUUUCGUAUUAUUUUAAAUCGACUGAUGCUGCUGCUAGUAGUGGCUCUACUAUUGGUUAUACAUUCACUCAGAAUGCAACAAGUGGAAGUGCAACUAUUGGAUUUGCAGCAAUUGUUGAGGAUGGAAAGUCAACUUUGGGUCCAUUUAAAAACUUUUUUGGACCUUAUCAAUUUAAUUAUCAAUUGAGAAGUAAUGCAUUUGGUCAAUUGGUUGAAUCAAUGAGUUAUUUAUUGCCAAAUGUUUGGCCUAACUUGAAUGGUUAUGGAUUUUCAAUUGCUAACGCCGUCUAUGCCUAUAAAACAACUGGUUAUAGUACAUUGUAUGCAUUCAGUGUAACAAGUUUAUCCAAUCCUAAUGUAUAUGGAGCUAGUUUACAAUAUUCAUAUGCUAGUGGAAAUAAUUUUUAUGAUGUGAAUGGAAAUUCUGUUCUGAUUCAGAAAAGCACUCUUGCUUGUUUUUGCUCUGCUGAUGGAAAUUCAUAUUCUAAAACUACAGUUAGUGUCACUUCCACUGGCUUGACAUGUAGCAAUAUUCCUUCAAGUUGUCAAUAUCUUUCAAUUGCUGCUCAAACAAUUAAUGCUGCUAAUUCUGAUCCAAUGAGUUCUGCAACUACCUUGUAUUCUGCAACUUAUGUCAAUACUGGUACACUCUAUUCGACAAAAUACUACAAGAUUUCAGUUCCAUCUGGUUUUACAUUGACAUUGAAAGAUAUCAAUUUAUUCACCUCAUCAAGCUAUAGUGGUUAUAUUACAAUUAAUGCUGAUAGUUACUAUAGCAGUAGUGAAAUUUAUGUUUAUUCCACUUCUCAAUACUCAUCAUUGAGUUAUACUAAUUAUUAUACUAAUGCAAAGACUGUUUAUGUUUCUGUUAGACCUACUUCAAGUUCCACUACUACAAAUAUGGAAUUUAUUCCAUAUAUUUCAAAUAUUUAUUAUUUUGGAUGGAGUUAUAGAUUACCAGUUAUUAUCACUUCUGCUGUUGUUUUCCCAUUAUUUGGUUUGAUUGCUAUCCUGGUUGUAGUUAUAACAAUUAAGAGAAAUUCAAGAAGAGCUCAACAAGUUUAA